AUGGCGCAAAGGCACUUCGCUCGAACCGCUGAUCCACCUGGAUUCCCCCUCCAGCUCACCGACGAAGACUGGGACCUAGCGCGCCAUGCGAUCGAGCACAGGGCUGCGCGACAUAUCGGAGCGCAUCCCGAAUAUCUCAAACGAUACCGUAACGCGCUGAAGACGCUGGCCGAGAACCCAGAUGAGGACCCGAACAACAUCCACGGCCCAUUUCAAGACGACGUCAAGAACCUCGAGCUGGCUUACGCAGACCUGGAGGCGGCGGUCCAGGCGUUCAUAACCUUGGAAAGGUGGGGCAUGGAGUAUGACGAGCUACGACGGCUGUACGACAAGGCGGACGGUGCGAUGCUCGAGUACGCGAAGUGGCUUGGUUGCGCUGCUACGCUCUAUGACGCCCAUAUUGCGCGGUAUAUGGAGGCACGUGAGCAGUCGAGGAUGAAGAACUGGGCGACAGAGGUGCGAGACAUGGCAAAAGCAAGGCCUAAAGCGGAGGGUACAAGUGCGGAAGAGAGGGCGUUUUUGGAAGAGCGGGAGGAGUUGCUGAAGAAGACAUUUGUGAGGAUAGUGGAGGGGACUGAGGAGCGGCAGGAGUACGAGGAGGAACUCAAGUUAUCGCGCUGGCUGCGGAAGUUGGAUACCGGAAAGGCUGCGUAG